CACCUCCCCAAGCUAAGGCUGUGUCUGCAGUGCUGCUUCUGCCCCUCUCCUCCCGGCCAGGUCUACAGUUGCCGCUAUGGCCAACUUGGGCUUUUUCCAACUGCUAAGGAAAAACAAAGAACUCAUUCCUUUGAUUGGUUUUGUGGGCCUGGCAGCAGGUGGGGCUCUAACUGCUUCUCUGUAUUCCCUAUGCACCAAAAGUGAUGUGAUUGUUAACAAGUCUGGCAAUCCAGAACCUUGGGAAAAUGUGAAUCCUAACCAGGCUCAAAAGCUUAUAUCAAUCAAGCAGGAGUGGAAAUCCAUAGAGGAGCUGGAGAAGGUCAAAAAGAUGAUGAAGUGACAAGUUGCCAUUGCCUCAAAAAUGUACUCUAUGAAUCUAGUGGAAUCAUUUCUGCACAAACUCGACUACUGAAAUCAGUGUGCGGAAAUGCUUCUGCUACGUUUUUAGGGUCUCCCUACAUUUUUGGACUCUGGAUGAGGAAUUUCAUUUUGUCUUAGUGGUUACUUAGAAUAUCCACACAGUCCAAAAAUAAACAUCUCUUUCAGGUACUCAUUGUUUCAACAGUCAUGUUUAACUUGAUGUACAAUGUUCAAUAUGCAGAGUAUUAACGGGGUGGAAAAUUCUUCAUUCAUAUAUGAGCUUUUUAGAAUGCUGAAUUAUUUUUCUUAAAAUAUAUAUAAUUUUGUAAAUUUUCUAAUAAAAUGGGCACUUAUGUUUAAAUGUUUAGAUUUAUUCAAAAUUCCCUGUGGCUUCAAAGAGAGCAGGAGCAAGACCAUAAUGAGUGUGAAAGUGUCAAUAUUCUUUUAAAAGAUCCUCUCCAAAAUAAGAACUCUGGUCUGUUGCUUCUUAGUUCUUUAUACCAUAUUUCAGUGAUGUGUGCUAAUUUUACCGAGAUGCUAUUUGUACAUGGUAGCAUAAGUGGUCAUAGUAGAAAAUUUG